AAGUUUUAGCCUGGAUAGUAUCAAGUAUAGGACUACUAGGAAUGGAUUUAUCUAAACCUCUGCAGGGCUGGAGAAAGUGUCUCAAGAUGAUGUCCUGUAGCCUGGGCCGAGUCUGUGUACGCUGUGUUGGAUUCCACAAUGUUGAUAUUAUUGGCACAAAAGCACACAAAGAUAUUGCACCUGUUAUAGUCGCUGCUCCUCACUCUUCAUUCUUUGAUGCUCUGGCAAUAUUCUGGUCUGGUCUACCCUUCUUCGUUAGUAGAGAAGAAAAUAAGGAAAUCCCAUUUAUCGGGAAAUGUAUUCAGUUCGCUCAGGCCAUUCAUGUCAAAAGGGAGGAUCGAAAUGAUCGACAGAAGACCAAAGAUGAGAUAAACAGACGUUGCCAGUCGAACGAUCCUUGGGAACAGUUCCUUAUUUUCCCUGAAGGAACAACUAGUAAUAGGAAAGCUCUGAUGACCUUUAAGCCAGGUGGUUUUCUACCCGGAAAAACAAUACAACCCUUGCUGAUCAAGUACAAAAACCACCAUGAUACAGUAAGCUGGACCUGGGACCAACCCCACGGGUUUAUGUCGUGUUUCCUAUGGACCUGCUGCCAGUGGAAUAAUAGAGUUGAACUUCACUUCCUAGACCCCUAUACACCAUCGGAGGAAGAGAGGAAUGAUCCCAGACUAUUUGCAGAGAACGUGAGACAGGUUAUGGCCACUGCUCUUGGGGUUCCCUUGUGCGAUAUGACAUUCGAGGAUAUAAAAGAAAUGUACUCGACGAAGACCAAGAACCCCGGAGAAAAGGAGGAGAAGAAGGAUUGACGAAUCCCUGGGUUUAAGAGGAAAAUAGAACCCAUGAAACCUCGGCCAACCAAACACAAAGAACUUAUUAUAGAAUCACUCAAUAACAGUUUUCAAGAAAAUCAUGAAAAUAAUUUCAAAGAAGGGAAUAAUAGGGAAUAUUAAAUAUCAAGUCAACUGUUCUAAUUAAUACAUCAUAUACGCACAUAUUUCAACAUUUUUAUUGCACAAUUUUUAAAAUGCCGCUAGGCUUUGGUUAUUUCAGUUGAUUUUUAGUUGAUUUUUUUCUAGACAUCUUCCAAACUCACAAACACUCAAAACUCCUGCACGGCAAUCUAAAAAUUUUAGGCUGUAAAUACAAGUUUUUGUUGUUUUAUUAGUCUCGAAUUAUUAGUAUUAUCAUUUACUUGUGUAUGUGAAAACUUUCCGCCUCUUUUUACACUACUCCCUAAAGAUAAAAUCAACUAUCAACAAGAAACUAUAAGUUUUUUACGCUUCCUGCAAUAUUUUUUUCUUGCAUUCUUCCCUUUUUUUGCUUUGCACAUGAUUUUUAUUAAAAUAUUGUCUUGCGAUAUUAUUUUACAAAAAGAAGAAAAAACAGUGUUGAAAUUAUCUUAUAUUGUUUUUGAUCAGAAACGGGUUAAAAUGCUCUCAAAAUUAGAAAAUUUUAUACUUCUACUUUAGACCGGUAGUUUUUCUUAGUUCAACGGAUUCGGAGGUUGAGUAAAAAAAAUUAAAAUGAAUUAAUAACUCAUUUCUUCCAACAUGAUUGUUAUAAUUUAAUUGCAGAAUUUUACUAACUAACAAUCCUAUUAAUAUUAAAAUAUUUCAUGACCUUCAUGUUGAGAUACAACACGGAUCAUACCAUUUUUAAUUUAUUUACUAAAUUCGGUGAGACAUUUUUUAUUUAAUAGACAAUAGUUCCUUAAUAAAUUAGUAGGAGGUGAUAAAUCUCAAAAGUAUUAAGUAUUUUGAAUUGCUCAAACUAAACUGUGACUGAUUAACAGCUGUACUGUACAGUGUACAGGGGAUUAUAUCCAGGAAUCCCAGCCCCCCUAUUAUUUUUCACGGACAAUGACAAUUUUGAAAUAAAUAUUCAAUCUAUAGAAAAAAAUCAAUUUUCUGAUUUGUUUAAACAUUUUAUUUUAAAUGUUUUUUUUUAAGUACUUUGAAAAGAAUGAUGAUAAAAACCCUGGGGGUGAAGCUUGAAUGUUGAAUCAACCCAGUGAAAAAUACCUAUAUACUAGUGAUAGUUUUUUUUUUUUUACUAAAAUGUAAUGAAUAUCAAAGAUAUUGUUAAAGUAACUUUAAAUGAUUUUUCAUUAAGUUCGUUUUUAUUCGCAUCAUUUCCAUUUCAACCAUUGCUCGGGAAAGUAUGGCGUAAAAUGUAAAGUUUUCUACUUCUUUGACACCUCUCCAGAUAUCCAUAAAUUUCUUUUUAAAGGGAGUGACUGGCAAUACUUUGUGACAGUUUCUCUGUAAUUUUAAAAAUCCACAAAAGGAAAUCUUUAUGUCUCACUUUUCUCUAGAUAAAGAUUGAAGAUGUGAAUCAAUAAUGACACUUCUCAAAUUAAGAGUCACUUAAAAUAUUUUUUCAUGAACAAAGGAUCUGACUUUAAAUUUAUCAAAAUUGUUAAUUUUAUUGUGAUGUAUAUUCUAUAUAGACGUGCACACUGGGUUAGGAAUUUAAAUAAACAACACAUCUCAAUCCAAUUAACAACACUGUGCACGCCCCUAGUUAUACUUGUAUACUGUAUCGAUUCUUGUUAAUAAUGUUUAUUAAUUGUCAUUAGCUUUUAUCUGAAGGUAAAAUAAAAUUUGAAUUCCUUUUA